UGGAACUGUCAGUGCUGCAUUGGUCCUCCUCGCGUAAAGACGGGCCACGGAUCAUCUGUGAUUACCUCGUGUGCCGGAGUCCUUUCCCGCAGACAACGAACGAGAACACCACAAGCAAUAGACAGCUGAAAUAUGGCAGCACCGCAGGCGUCGUCGCGUCUCGAGAUGCUGCAGGCUCGCUUCCAGCAGAAACAGCUGCAGGAGAAGGAGCAGAAGCUGCUGCAGCUAUACGACCAGCAACAGCAGAGAGCCUAUCAGGUCGUACAGCGGAGUAGCGCCGGUUCCAACGGUUCCGGCCCGAUCAGAACCGCAUCAACGACAACGACGGCGUCCCAUACGACCUCGACCUCGCAAGGUGGUAAGGUGAGGCAAAUGUUCGACGAGAGACGGCAGACUACCGUGAAGGGAAUCGACAGAAGCUACCCGCUGGAACCGCUUGAGAACAAGUUGCGAAAGCAAGCGAAUACAAACGACGUGGCGUCGCAGAGGAAUGGUAAUGUGACGGUGAAUCGACAGUCUGUGAAACGCGUGUCGCGCGCGGACGUUAACAGCAACGUUAACGGCGGCAAGCCUGUUGUUUCUUACCAUGAAGAGAUCGUUCGCGAGUCGUUUGGCCCGUCCAUACGUCGUCAUGAUGAUGAGGACGAGUACGGUGUCGAGAAUCGCAUCGCCAAUGGACAUUAUCGUCACGAAGCUGAUAAUGAGCAAGAAGAAGCGUUGGAUCAGGAGACGGUAGAGAGAAAUCGUAUGAUGGCGAAGAUUCAUCUAAUGGGGUUCGACGAGACUCUGAAGCAUCGCGUGAGGAACGAUUUGGAGAGCGAGGAGUUUCCGGAAUACCUCAUGGUGGAUGUACCCGAGAAGCUCUCGAAGAGGAACGUUACGAAGAAAUUGUCUCAAGCGGAAGAACGACUCGAACGAUUCAAGAACGCGAACGCGAAAAGAAGUAACAUGCCGAAACAGGCGACUUCGACCAAUACGGUGAUAAGAAAGCGAUCGGAACAAGUGAUUCCGACAAAAUCCAAUUCCAGAGUACGGAGCGAGGUCGCCGGAACUUCCCCAACCAGCACGCGAAGCGGAAGUAGCCUGACCUCAGAGCGCAGUCAAAGGAUUCUCGAAAAUACAAACAGUCCCCUGCCGACUAGAACUCGCAUAGUUGGCGAAAUGAGUUCGAGACGACGGGAAAGUUCGGAUACUGAGACACUCGGCCAACGCACGAGUCCGCGAAGCUUCUUAACAAGAGAAGCUGCAAAGGCAGAAGACACUUCGAGAAUUUAUCCCAGGCGUAAUGAAUACAUGUCAUUGACGUCUGACGGAAAAAUAUUCAUAAGACGUAGCGUGAGUCCGCAGUUUUUUUGUAGAGAAUCCAAAAGAUCUGGCACGACUAUGAGCAUCGAUCGAAAGUCCGAUUCAUCCGGAUCGCCAUUAUUCUAUCAAGAAACGUCAACAAAACAAAGUAGAACUCCAUUUUUUCUUAAUGAAUCUCGCAAAACGAAUGAAUCUAAAUCAUCUUUAUGGAAUGGCAGAGAAAUUUCGUCAAAACAAAGCAUGAAUUCGCAAUAUUUCUCUGAAUCCAAACGAUCGGAAACAGCUAUGAGUACCGAUCGAGAAACUAUUGGAUCCAAAUCGUCCGAAUGGAGCGAGGGAACAUCAACAAAACGAGAUACCAAUUUUGAUCGGAAAGAAGUUCAAACAAGUACGAGUCUUGGCCGACAAUCUUCUUUAUCUAAAUCGCCAUUGUAUGAAGAAAAAAUAUUAAAAAGGCGAAGCACCAGUCCGCAGUUUUUCUGCAAAGAAUCCGAACGAUCCGCCACGACUAUGAGCAUCGAUCGUGCAACUAGCGAAUCUAAAUCGUCGCUGUAUGAUCAUGAAAUAGUAAUGAAACGAAGCAAAAGUCCGCGAUUCUUUCUCAGUAAAUCUGAACAAUCUCGCAAAACAAAUGAAUCUGAAUCACCAGUAUGGAAUGACAGAGGAAUUUCGUCAAGACAAAGCACAAGUCCACAAUAUUUCCGUCGUGAAUCCAAAGGAUCCGAAACAGCUAUGAGUACCGAUCGAGAAACUAUCAAAUCUAAAUCGCCCGAGUGGAGCAAAGGAAUAAGGAAACGAGAUAUGACCGAUUUCCAACAGAAGAAAGUUCAAACAAGUCUCCAUCAACAAUCUCUUCCAUCUAAAUCAUCAUUAUAUGAAGAAAAACUAUUAAAAAGGCGAAGCAUCAGUCCGCAGUUCUUCUGCAAAGAAUCCGAACGAUCCGCUACGACUAUAAGUAUCGAUCGUGCAACUAGGGAAUCUAAAUCGCUGUCAUACGAUCAUGAAAUGGUAAUGAAGCAAAGCGAGAAUCCGCGUUUCUUUCUCAGUGAAUCUGAACAAUCUCGCAAAACGAGUGAAUCCAAAUCAUCGAUAUGGAAUGACAGAGAAAUUUCAUCAAGACAAAGCACGAGUCCGCAAUAUUUCCGUCGUGAAUCCAAACGACCAGAAACAGCUAUGAGUACCGAUCGAGAAACUGUCGGAUCUAAAUCGUCCGAGUGGAGCAAGCGAAACACAAGUCCGCGAUUCUUUUCGAGAGAAGCUACAAAGGCGGAAACUUCGAGAAUUUAUCCGAGAAGUAAUAGAUAUAAGUCAUUGACAUCCGAUGGAAAAAUAUUCGUAAGACGUAGCGCAAGUCCGCAGUUCUUUCGUAGAGAAUCCAAACGAUCUGGUACAACUAUGAGCAUUGAUCGCAAAGUUGGUGAACCUAGAUCGUCAUAUGAUCGAAGAGUAUCGAAGCGAAGCGCAACUCCAAGACUGUUAAACGGAAAGACCAAGGAACGAUCUGCAAUCACUACGAGUAUCGAUCAGAAAUACGGCGGAUUUAAAUUGUCUGAAAUUAUGCGCAACAAACGCUCCACGAAUCCACAAUUUUUCUGCAAAGAGUCUGAAAAAUCCGCUACAACGAUGUUGAUAGAACCAAGAUCGAGAUCAAAUUCUACCAAAAGUUUAUUAAAUCAGCGCAGUUCAGAUACUUCUUAUAGGCGACCUAUAAAAUCUCCGAUUGAUAAAAAGAAUAGUUUUACGAAAGAUGGACAUACUUCAAGUCCUUCAGUUGCUAAACACGAAGUGAAAAAGGCUUUGAAGAAAACCGACGUUUUCAGCAAUAUUACAGAAACUCGCAGAUCGUCGAAAAUCUCGGAGACCUCCGCGACAUCGUCCAGCUCGAUCGUAAACCUCAAGUACGGUUUGGAAUUCGAUAAUAUUUUCCAGUCAGCAGGUCUGGUCCGUAAAUUUAUGAAGUCUCAAGAUGGAAAACAGCGCUCGAUUCGUCAAUCGCCUUCGAAACGCAACGCAAAUGUUCGAAUCUCCGCAAGAGGUAAUCAAUCGAAAAAUCGAUGUAAAACUUCGUCUCUCCAAAUAGCAAGAUCACCGUCUAUCGAAGGUAGGAAAAGAGCUACGCCAGAAUUUUCUCGCAAAAGUAUCACUCCGACGGAAGUUGACAUGGACAUUCAAGAGAUUACUAUGACGGAUCAUCGUAUUGAACGCGACAAACUGCAAAAAGCGCCAAGUCCAAUAUCGAAGCGACAAUUUGAUGGAACGUACACGAAAUCGUUCAAUAGUGGAGCGAAAUUCAAAACCUCGAUCACCUACCCCGUUCGCAAACCGUAUAGAGAGAGAGGGUCCAUUUUAGAAUCAAGCGUUUUCAAGUCGAAGGGAGGUCUCUCCGAAAAAACAUCCAUGGGUCGUCAAAGCAGUCGAGAGAACAAAAGCAUCAGUUUGAAUAAACUCGGCUUCAGUCCUACGAGCGGAAGUUCUCGGCGUAUCAUAAAUCGAAACAGGACAGAUGAAAUAUCUUCUCAAAUGCGGAAACAAUCCACAAAAAAUGAAGUUAAAUAUAGUGCGACUCAAUCCACGAAACGUGAGGACCAACAGCGCGCGAGUUCUCGAUCUCCAAUUUACAUGCGGAAUCGUUCUGCGGAAAGUAGAGCAGUUGGCAGUCCGAAAGUAACAUCUCCUGAUUUUUCUAAGAUGAGAAAAUAUCCCGAUACAGUCUCGCCGAUUUUGUACGACUUCGCGGAGAGGAGGACCAAAGGAGCACGCACAAAAUUUGAUCAACCGCAAAGCUUACGAUCUGCGCGACUAGUACAGGGUGCUGUGAAGGACAGGAAUUUGUCUACAAACGACAAAUAUAAUCGGGGAAAAGAAAGACAUGAAGAUAAAAAUAUAUCGGUAGAUGAAGUUGAUAUCGGCGUAAAGUAUCAAACGGUAGUCAAAACUGCUUUGACUAAAGGAAGCAAAGAUUAUAGCAAAAUUAUUCGCUCAAACUCCGCUGAUCGGAUUACAAGCAAAAGGGUCUUCCUUCGCGAAACUACGCCGAUGAAGUCGAGUACUUCAAAGAAAACGAUUUCUCCGACGGGAGAAUGUGGCAGGCGGCACGACUUAGAGUCUAGGGUUUCACCGCGAGUCUCACCUUUACGGAAAACAGCUGAAAUUUCUCGUGGCAUCUACACUCCGAAGAUUUUCUCAUCUCAGAAUAUCAUAGCGAAAACGGAUCAAAGCUCCACGUUCAAAUUUUCGACGUACACUGUCGAAGACCGCAGACGCGAGAGUGUCGCGAAUAAAUUGGCGGAAUUCAAUAAAAUGAGCGUGAAACGUAAAACCGCAGAACCGAAGAAUAUCGUAAGUGAAUUUUCCAAAACUCAAUGCGAGGGCAAAUAUAAAAAAGAUCUCGAAAGGAUGGACUCUGUGGAAUCAGCGUUGAGACGAUUUGAUUCCAUAGGCGCGGAAUUUGAAUGUUCAAGUUUGACGAACUUCCAGGCAUCUCCAGAGAUCUCCUUGCAAACGAUGGACGUGCAAACAAAAGUUGUUAAAAAAUCAAUCGAUUCGAAAGGAACGACAGUCCCUUCUCGUAAAGUAACGGAUCAUACGAUUUUAAAAUCGACGCUGAAAUCUCCAAUUGGUAAAAAUCUGAAAACUAAAAACGUCGCGCGUAAAAGUGAUUUAAGGAUUCUCAAAAAGGAGACUCGUUCCUCUAAGAGGCCAACAAGAUUUGGAAGUUCCAUUGAAAGCAAACAGAGAUCUACGAAAAUUCAAUCACCAGCGUGCAAGCGGCGAUUGUUUGAAUCCGAUUCAGAGAAAGAGGUUCAAGAAGAACGGCCAAAAUUGAGUUGCACAAAAGCGCGUAAGGAUGAGAAUUGUUCUUUCGUAAAUAUAAGAUUUCGUAAAGACGAAACAGUCUCAAACAUAAGGUCUUCCAAAAGUCUCGAUCGCGACAUUGCGAAAGAGUCGGAAGAAACGUUUACGUUUUCCGUGAAGCCGUUGCGGUCCAUCGAGGAUAUUCGAAAAUUGAUCGAUAGCGAACAAAAUAAAUCAGUCACUACGGAAGAAUCGAGGUCAGCGAUUGCAAAUCAGCGUUCGGCCUCGCGAGAGAAUGUCGAUGCGAAGAGAUCGAGUCCCGCAAUCGAUGCAGCAAAAAACAGGACCGAUCCCGCGAGACUGACUAAAAUUAAAUCCUGUGUAUCCAGGAUCACGAAGAGCCCGAGUCCCGAUGUAGCUGCGACAAAGCAGCGCGAAAUAAAUGCGCGAACGACAAGAGGAAGCACUCCUUCAUCCCCCUCAAAAAGUCCUGAUGUUGCCCCUACGAAUCAGCGUGCAGAAUCGAGGAAUCAAGAAGCGAAACCUUCGAGAAGAUCAACAAAAGGUGUGGGUUCGAGCAGGAGUAAGGUAACCGGAACGAUCGAUACAGUUGACGGCGUCGUUCUCCAAAACGGUUCGCCGAAUGAAUCAACGAAGAAAUCCGACGCCUUCAUGGUCGACUUCGACGAUCGAUCAUCGAAAGAAGACGACACGAUGUCGAAAAAAUCACCGAUGAAGAAAUCUUUUAACGACAAACAACAGACAGCUUCCAGUGCUUCAGACCGGCCGACCUCAUCGUCGAAUUCCAGUGUUAACUUAAUUCAAGAUUCCAGUGCGAAAAGUAGAAUGGAAAGUGAAAGAGGAAAAGGAAUAGGGAAAGGAGGUGGUAAAAGUAGAGGUAAAACUAUAGAAAAACCUUCUUCCAGUAGUGGCAAACUUGCAAACUCGUCAAGUUUCAACGAAGAUGCAACUAACGACACGAAGGGCUUGGUAAAGUGUAAAACAUGCGGACGUAGCUUUGCACAGAAUCGAAUCGAUCUUCACGAAGAGAUCUGCAUGAAAACGGCAACCAAGAAGAGGAAGCAGUUUGAUCCGGUGAUGAACCGAGUCAGAGGAACCGAACUCGAGCCUUUCGUUAAGAAAGGCUUCACUAAACGAGAGACGAAAACGAAGAAGCCGGAAACCAAACCGGACUGGCGGCGCAAGCACGAGGAAUUUAUCAACGCGAUCCGCUACGCAAGGGAGACGCAGGCACGAUUGGCGGCAGGUGAAAAUUUGAGCGAUCUGCCGCCACCGCCGCCCAGCGAUACCAGCGAUUACAUCCAGUGUGAGCACUGUGGCAGGAAGUUCAAUCGGUCCGCCGCGGAGCGGCACAUUCCGAUUUGCAAGCGUAUGCAUGACAAGAAGCAAACGCAUGCACCGAGGGCGAGACGCUAAAGAGGAAGUCGCGGAGAACACUCAGGCUUUUCCCAGCCUCUCUGCGAAGAAAAAUCUUAUACUCCUAAAUAGCGUUCAUUUUUUUUAAGCGACUCUCUUCCCCUCGUUUCUUUUCCGCCGAUUUACAAGUGUAACACUCCCUUCCGUCUCGUACGCGAAUUGCGACCUUACUUCAUUUCGAAAUUUUCGUCUGCUUCACGCCUAUAAUGUUGAAAUGUAAAUAAAAGAUUCGAUAGAAAAUUUGAAAAACUUGUUUCUACAUUAUUUCAAAUUUUAUUAAGAACAGCACAGAAAUAGAUUCAUGGAUUGGAACGUAAUUACAUGAUUUGAAAUAUUAUGACGUUUAUUGAAACGAGUGAAGCAAACGAAAAUAAUAUUAAUAAUAAAAAAGAUUAUCUAUAUGUGAACUAACGGCAUGUCGUAAGUGGUCGACAAAUUUGAAGUGAUCGAAUAUGACAGCAAUAAUCAUUGAUAUUUAAAGUAGGUAUGCCGCUGACGAAUAUCGCUUUUUAUUCGUGAUAUUAUCGCCUAGAAGCUGGAGCUUUGAAUAACUAUCGAUAAAAUUUUUUAUCAAAUGAAUUUUUAUACUCAUUUCGUAAUUAAAUGCAUUUUUAUAACCGCAAGGAUUAUAUACAAAUAAAGAUGUAAAAAGAUGCGCCGAUAUAAUGUACAUGAAGGAAAUAUAUUAUAUAUAGCAUAAA